CAGCGGUACAAUCUGCCACAAUAAGAUCUCUCCACGACCUGAUUUGAGGCGCUGGGAGCCCGAUACGUCUUGGUCUCUCCACAGGGGCAAAAUCGUCCAUAAAAUCCCCUCAAAUACCUCGUAGCUUCAACGCCACUUUCUAAAGAGACGGAGCGAGAGUGAACAGUAGAGAGAGAGUUUUCAUCGCAGCUUCACCAGGAGAUCUAGGGUUUUUAGAGAGAGAGAGAGAGAAGGAAGAGUUCGCCAUGCCGAAGAACAAGGGCAAGGGAGGUAAGAAUCGCAAGAGAGGGAAGAACGAAGCCGACGACGAGAAGCGAGAGCUCGUCUUCAAGGAAGACGGUCAAGAGUACGCACAGGUGCUUCGGAUGCUCGGCAACGGGCGGUGCGAGGCCAUGUGCAUCGACGGUACGAAGCGCCUCUGCCACAUCCGCGGCAAGAUGCACAAGAAGGUCUGGAUCGCCGCCGGCGAUAUAAUCCUCGUCGGCCUCCGUGACUACCAGGACGACAAGGCCGACGUCAUCCUCAAGUACAUGCCCGACGAGGCUCGUCUCCUCAAGGCCUACGGCGAGUUGCCGGAGAACACCAGGCUCAACGAGGGCAUCGCCGGCGGGCUCGACGAGGAGGACGACGGCGCAGGCGACGAUUACAUCGAGUUCGAGGAUGAGGAUAUUGACAAAAUCUAGGGUUCGGAGAUUCGUAAUCCUUUAUCUCUCUCUCUCGCCCGCUGCCUUACAUAUUGCUUUUCGUUAAUCGUAUGAUAAUCAAUACAAUCAUCGGAUUCUUGCUUGUAUUAUGAAAUUUUAGAGAAUAUGUGUGGGAUAUUUGGAUUUAUGUAUGAAAACUGCUAUAACUUGGAUGCAAUAAUAGUAACCUACGUUUUAAUUA